AUGAUUUUCCAAACAUUUUUUUCCUUUUUAGUCAUCUCCUGGUUCGUAUCGCCUCUUCUUAGUGGUUUCGUGUCAACCUUCAUUUUCUUCAUUGUGAAGAAACUAGUUUUAACAAAAGAGCAUCCUCUUGAACCAGGUCUCAACGUUCUGCCAUUCUUUUACGGUGCCACCGUGCUAAUCAACAUCUUUUCUGUUCUCUAUGGCGGACUGAGUAUCUUCGGAAUCAGCGAAAUCAAAUUGUGGAUUGUUCUGGUGGCCAGUUUUGGAGCUGGUAUUCUAACGGGUCUUAUCGUUUUCUUCUUUGUAAGGCCUUAUCUUCGUAGAAAGAUCUUGCAUCGUUUGAGUAAGAUGGAGGAUUCUAAGGAGGGGACUAACGCCAACUUAAAGGAGACAGCUGGACAAAAGUUCAGACGACAUAUGCUUGGAAUCCUUUUGAAACUGAAGCAUCCCAGGCAGUCGUCGAGGUGUGGAGAAUCCUCUCCGGACUUUGUCUGCCAACGAGAAUCCCCCUCUAUCGAUAUCCCACCUGUUCAAGUGGAAUCUCUUACACUUGGACCAAAUGUUAAAACGUCUGCCCCACCGGAGACGCUUAUCACGGACCUUCCGUCCACAAAUCAAGAUCAACACCAUGAGGGCGGUGAAACUAAUAUCCCAGGUCCCGGUGAAGAUGAUGAUGACAGCAGUAUAACUGAAGUGAGCGGAAAGUUUUUUGCUCCUCGAGUUCCACCUUUACCUUUUGAAGCAGCUAUGGGAAGGUGA